CUUCCUUUCUAACUAGAGAGACUUUAAUGGAGGCUCUUCCUCUAUCUAUGAAAAAUGCUCGCCAAUCUGCAGAUUUCCACCCAUCUGUUUGGGGAGAUUAUUUCGUCAACUAUUCACCAUUUCAAUCAAAUAUGAGUCUGGAAGAACAAAAACAAAGGAAUGAAGGGCUCCAAAUUGAGAUAAGGAAAAUUCUCACCGAUGCCAUUGAUCCAUUACAAUCACUUGAACUCAUUGACUCAAUUCAACGUCUUGGAGUAGCAUAUCAUUUUCAAAAGGAAAUCAAUGACAUAUUACGUAGAGUUCAUUCGAUCAACAUUGAUGAAGAUGAUCUAUAUGCAACUGCACUUCAUUUUCGAUUAUUAAGACAAGAAAGAUAUCACAUAACUUCCGAUGUAUUCAAUAGGUUUUUGGAGGAUAAUGGAGAUUUCCAGGAUUGUUUAAGCAAUAAUGUGAAAGCUUUAUUAAGCUUAUAUGAUGCUGCUUAUCUUGGAUUUCCUAAUGAAGAUAUACUAGAGAAAGCUAAAACUUUCUCAAGGGUUCACUUAGAGUUAUUAAUAUGCAAGAUGGAUCCAUCUUUAGUUUUGAUGGUGAGAAACGCUUUAGAAAUACCAUUGGUGAGAAGAAUUGACCGGCUCAAAGCUAGAAAUUUUAUAGAAAUAUAUGACAAAUACAGAUUGUGCAAUCAAAAGCUACUUGAUUUUGCUAAAUUUGAUUUCAAUAUAUUGCAAUCUAUUCAUCAAGAAGAGGUUCGAAUCAUAUCAGAGUGGUGGAAAGGGUUAGGCUUCUCCAAACACUUACCAUUUCUACGUGAUCGAAUAGUAGAAUCUUACUUUUGGAUGCUUUCAACUUACUCUGAACCCUACUAUUCACGUGCUAGAGUGAUCAAUGCAAAGGUGAUGCCCCUCGUUGUAGCAACUGAUGAUAUUUAUGAUGUUUAUGGGACAUUGGAAGAACUUGAAUUAUUCACCGACGUAAUAGAAAGGUGGGAUCUUGAUAAAGUUAGUAUGUUGCCAGAAUAUAUGCAACGGUUCUUUCUUGCACUUUACAAUACUUUCAAGGAAAUUGAGGAUGAGCUAGCUCCCCAACAUAAUUCUUUUCGAGUCCAUUACCUUAUAUCUGAGUUCAAGCGAAUGGCUCAUGCGUACCUUCAGGAAUCAAAAUGGGCAAGCGUUGGCUAUGUUCCUAAGCUUGAGGAACAUAUGAGAGUAUCACUGAUUACAGCUGGGUACUCAUUAAUCACUUGUGCUUCAUAUCUUGGAAUGAAGGAAGUGAUCUCAAAGGAUACUUAUGAAUGGGUUGCCAGCCGUCCUAAAAUACUCAAAUCUAUGAACAUAGUUGGGAGGCUUAUGAAUGAUAUUGGUUCAUAUCAGAAUGAACAAAAAAGGAAUCAUGUUGCUUCUUCAAUUCAAUGUUAUUGCAAAGAGCAUGGUUGCUCUGAGAUGGAAGCAUGCAAGAAGCUUAAAGAAAUGGUGGAAGAGCAUUGGAAAAUUAUAAAUAGAGAACUCAUGGCAACGGAUUACAUCCCAUUAUCAUUGAUUAAGCCAGUUUUAAACUUGACAUACUUUACUGAUUUUGUCUACAAGGACACAGCUGAUAUUUAUACCGACUCAUCAGAAUUCAUGAAAGAAACUAUUGCUAAAGUGCUCAUUGAACCAGUUUGUGUUCUUAGUAAAGAUUGAGAUUUUUCCUAUUUUGUGGGGAAUUUUCAAAUCUAUGUAUGAAUAAUAUUGCAUUUGUAAUGUUCGAAUCAUGCUUGUAUCUCUAAGCUAUCAAAAUGCUUGUUUGUGUGAACCUUUUAAAUUAUGAUUAUCA